AUGGGUCAGCCACAGCAACAGUCUGCGCCGUCGGGGGGCUCCAGAAAGAUUUCCUUUAACGUCUCUGACCAGUACGACAUUCAAGAUGUCAUUGGCGAGGGUGCGUACGGUGUGGUUUGUUCUGCCCUGCAUAAGCCCUCUAAUCAGAAGGUCGCGAUCAAGAAGAUCACGCCUUUUGACCACUCUAUGUUCUGCCUGCGUACGUUACGAGAAAUGAAACUGCUACGAUACUUCAAUCAUGAAAACAUCAUCUCUAUUCUCGACAUUCAGAAACCACGAAGUUACGAGUCCUUCUCAGAAGUUUAUCUCAUUCAGGAAUUGAUGGAAACCGACAUGCAUCGUGUGAUUAGGACACAAGAUCUUUCUGAUGAUCAUUGCCAGUACUUCAUCUACCAAACUCUGCGCGCUCUCAAAGCCAUGCAUUCCGCGAACGUGCUACACCGAGACCUGAAGCCCUCGAAUCUUCUGUUGAACGCGAACUGCGACCUGAAAGUCUGUGACUUUGGUCUGGCCAGAUCGGCGGCUUCGACAGAUGACAACUCGGGUUUCAUGACGGAAUACGUGGCGACUAGAUGGUAUCGUGCACCAGAAAUCAUGCUCACCUUCAAAGAGUACACGAAGGCGAUCGAUGUCUGGAGUGUCGGAUGUAUCCUGGCCGAGAUGUUGAGUGGAAAGCCAUUAUUCCCCGGAAAAGACUACCAUCAUCAACUGACCUUGAUCUUGGAUGUUCUUGGAACCCCCACCAUGGAGGACUACUAUGGUAUCAAAUCAAGACGUGCUCGUGAAUACAUCCGCUCCUUGCCCUUCAAGAAGAAGAUACCGUUGAAGGCACUCUUCCCAAAGACGUCAGACCUCGCUCUGGACUUGUUGGAGAAAUUGCUCGCAUUCAACCCGGUCAAGCGCAUCACCGUCGAAGAAGCUCUGAAACAUCCUUACCUGGAACCCUACCACGACCCUGACGACGAGCCGACUGCCGAGCCUAUCCCGGAAGAAUUCUUUGACUUUGACCGCAACAAAGACCAACUGAGCAAGGAGGAGCUCAAGGCGUUGAUUUGGAACGAAAUUAUGCGGUAA